AAUAUCGCUCUGCCGUUCAUCGACAUGGCUGGUCGUUCGGAAGAUGUCUACUGCACGUUGGUAACUAGCGACUCGUACGUUGCGGGAGCCGCCGUGCUUGCGCAUUCUCUAAGAGAUAAUGGUACAAAGAAGAAGCUGGCGGUACUUAUUACUGUCGACUCUCUACGAUCUUCUACCAUUACGGAACUCAAGCGCAUCACCUCCCCCAACCUUGCCAACCUUUACCUGAUGGGUCGUGGUGACCUUCGCGAUGCCUUUACCAAGAUCAACCUCUGGCGCCAGACCCAAUUCCGAAAGAUCGUCUACCUUGACGCAGAUACUGUUGCCCUCCGCGCUCCCGACGAGCUCUUCGAUCUCGAGGCAUCCUUUGCUGGUGCGCCUGAUGUUGGUUGGCCCGAUGCCUUCAACACUGGAGUCAUGGUCAUUUCACCACACAUGGGAGACUACUGGGCAUUGAAGACACUGGCUGCCACAGGAGACAGUUUCGAUGGAGCAGACCAAGGUCUCCUGAACCAGUACUACGAACACAANAACUGGCACCGCUUGAGCUUCGUCUACAACUGCACCCCAAGCGCAAACUACCAAUACGAACCUGCCUACCGCUAUCACAAGUCGCGAAUCGCCGUGGUCCAUUUCAUUGGAAAGAACAAGCCAUGGAAUAGCGCCAGAUCGCAGAAUGCGACCCCUGGAGCAUACAAUGAACUCCUUUAUCGUUGGUGGGCCGUCUACGACAGACACUUCAAGGAGCCGGCUGCCGAGUAUACGUCAGGUCGCUAUUCGCCUGCAUCUUCUCCAAUUUCACAGCCAGAAGCUCCUAUCCUUACUACUGAAGCCGAUCCUGCCGAGGAGAGGGAGCUGGGAGAAGAGCUGGCCCAAGGUCGUGUUGAGCCUACACCAACAAUUCUCCGCGCCACAAGCAGAGUGGGACGCGACUCGCCACCUACCGACUCGAAACCUGAGGCCGCCAACUUCCCUACCACCACUUAUGACUUUAACCAAGACAAGGAAUUCUUCCGCCCACCCAAGACCUACCCUGAACCUNNCCCAAGGACAUGUGGUAUGAGGUACCCAAGACGAAGCCCNGAUCCACCUUCAGCAAAGCCCAAGCCUGUGUUCCCAUGGGAAGAAAGACAAGCACCUGCCCCUACCAGAAGGUUCCUUGAAGAUCUUGAAUCCCCUGAUUCGACUCCUCAACCUGGAGUCACCAUUCCAUCUGCCGAUUUCACAGCUAGUUUCAACAGUCCGUCUACCCCCGUCAUCAAGGUCACGACUGAGACUCCCUGGGAAGACUACGCCUCAAACAAUAAGAACGCUUGGGACGGCGUCGUCGGCAUCGACACCUACAUUCGUAGACUGAAUGAGGCUCAAUCAAGUCGUCGUAGGAGCUCGGUUCACCCCAAAACUCCUGCCACAAGCACCCAAUUUGAACGUAAAGAAAGCUUGAUCCUCACCGAUUUUCCCUCCGAGAUAGACCGUCCUAGCCUUCCAGUCACCCCAGCACCCAUCCGCAGAAAGAAUUUCUGGGCAGGCGAACGAGACAACAAUGGACAACUUCCAUCUGCAGAAGGCGUUCCUGAGCAGGCAGACUGGAACCCCGAAGAGAAACUUGAAGAGCUGAGACGUGGCUCUCUCACAACACCACUUGACCUGAAGAUGCCCGAGAAGAAACUCCCCAGCCGCGAAAUGCCAUCGACCGCGCCAGCAUUCUAUAACAAGGAAACUGCCCCUUCCAGCUUCCCAGCAAACACCAACCAAGGCGCUUCAUCUUCGACCGCAGCCGCAACUGCCACCCCUCAAUUCAACAACCCCGGUUUCUCCAGCUCUAGCUCGGACUCGAAGGCAGAAGAAGUCCUCAGCCCUACGGAGCAUGGCUCGCGUCAAUUCUAG